ACAAAUUCCUAAAUUCAAUUCGGUUCGACCCGACAGAAUCCUAGUUCAGACGAAGUGUGUCUACAGCUGAACAAGUCUUGUUGUUCUUCCACAAGUUCUGUAAGAUUUCACUUCUUUAUUCAACUCUGUCCCUUCAGUCUGUUUCAUAUGCACAAUGUUUGCGUUAUACAACAAACCCAGAACUUUUAUUUCAUGUCUGAAUAUCAUCAACUCCAAAUUAAGGUUUCUUGAUAAUGUAUCAAGAACCAUUACAAAUGCAUCAUCCCAAAUUGAAAACCCUGAAAUUGGUUCCAAGAAUCACUCAUUUACUGUCUCUUACCUUAUAAAUAAUCAUGGGUUAUCCCCACAAGUUGCUAUCUCGAAGUCGAAGAGAGUAAAGUUUGAAUCUUUAGAUAAACCUGAUUCUAUUGUAGCCCUUUUCAGAGACCAUGGAUUUAGUGAUAGUCAUAUAUCUAAAAUAAUUUCUAAACGCUCGCACUUUCUGACGUAUAAUCCUAAUGCGACCCUUUUGCCGAAACUGAAGUUUUUAUGGUCUAUUGGCGCGUCAAGUGAUGAUGUUGCCGCAAACCCUUAUAUUUUGGAGUACAGCUUGGAAAAGCGAUUAGUUCCAUUUUAUGACUCUUGCAAGAGUAUGUUUCUUUCGGACAAAGAAAUUGUUAAGAUUUUAAGGGACCAUGGUUCUUAUGUUUUAAGCAACUCGCGAGUGUGUGAUAAUCCUAAUGUUGAACUACUAAAAGAAGUUGGAGUUGGAAUGAGAUUUAUUGGUCAGAUCUUAUGUAGAAAACCUAGGCUAUUGAACAUACCCUAUGACAAGUUUAAGACGGUUGUUUACAAGCUUCUGGACAUGAAAUUCGAUCUGUCCAAAGCUCUUUUUGUUUCGGCACUCCCUGUAAGAUUAGCUAUGAGUGACUUGACAUGGGCACACAAGAUUGAAGUUUAUAAGAGGUGGGGUUGGACUGAGCAUGAGGUUAUAUCAGCGUUUAGGAAGAAUCCAGUGAUUAUGUCUUUAUCUGAAGAAAAAAUCUUGAGUGGGAUGGAGUUCCUUGUGAAUAAGAUCGGCUUCCAGUCUAUUGCUAUUGCUGAAAGACCAGUCGUGUUAACUUACUCGUUAAAAUCGAGAAUGAUUCCGAGGUGUUCAGUUAUCAGAGUUCUGCAGAUGAAAGGCUUGAUAAGCGAGGAUUUAAGCUUACUUUCAUUUUCGUUUCUGAUUAUUACCGAGCAAAGCUUUGUGGAAAGGUUUAUAAUCAAGUACGAGGAAAAGCUUCCUAAACUAUUAACUGCAUAUCAAAGUAAUCUGGGCAUUUUGGAAUUAGGUGAAAGUUAAGAUUCUUAUGUUCAGCAUUUCAAGAUUCAAGUAUAUUUAGAAAUUGUGUUUACUGGGUAAUUACCUAAACCUCUGCAACUGUUGCGGUCCCUAAAAUGGAACUAGUGUUCUAGUGUAUUUUUCCGGAGAUGGCGAGACCCAAAAAGCUCUGCGGUCCUUUUGCCUCCCAUGUAGUUGAGUUCUUUCUCUCUAAAACCAUGGAUUAACGAUACAUAGCCAUAUCUCUAAAGUCAUUACCAUUUACCCAAAUUUGUAAGUAUAUAUAACCCCAAUAAUAUCAUAGUGCCCGAGCUCAAAUUAUUUAAUUGUAUUGGCAUUUCAGAUAAUGCCAUUUGCAUUAAACCCUUAUAUGAGGUAGAUAAGAUAAUAAAUUAAUCACUGCUCUUAUUUCCUUGAAGGCUUGUUGCUAUAUGAAAAUGAGAUGUUACUCUAUAGAGAUGUAUCAGUGGAACUUGUUAUCUGAUUUGCACUGCAAUGUUGGUCCAAGUGUUACUGCUGCUGAUUAUCACCUCAAUUUUUGUGUUUUUGAAGAUUUUGUAUCGUAUGCUGAUUUCUUCAAGGGUACACUUAUUAGAGUAUAUCUUAAAAUAGAUUGCUACUAUUUGGGAGCACCUUCUCUACGUCUUUUCUACCAAUGGGCACCAUCAUUUAUCACUCCUUGCACUAAAUUUCUACUAAAAUAUGUCUCUGCUGUUAAAUGAUGAGGGAUAAACAUUCUUUUUGCAUUUUUAGAGCAAGAAGCAGAAGUAUACAAAUGUUUCAAAUGUUGUUCACGGGUGUUCUCCAUUUAUUACAAAUUCUCCUUGUGAUGCAGUUGAAUCAUGGCAGUUAGGAAAUUUCAUUCUUGUAUUUUAGAAAGAUAUUCAAAUUUUCAAAAUUAUAUUAAUAAUAUAAAUUCUAACAUGAUAUUUGAAUGUAUAAACAGGUGAUAUCAAAUAUAAUUUAACUAUUUUUAACAAUUAUGGUCAACUUAAAUGGAAAGUUAUCAGAAAAAUGUAAAAUAUAUUCACUUUGUAAAAUAAUGGGAUGUAGUUUAUAUUUUUGAAGAACAUUUCUUC